GGCUUAUCAAACAGCUGUAGAGAGAUUAGUAGCAGUGAUUGAGCACGUGAAGUCUUGGACCGUGGAGUCUUAGUGGUCUCUGGCAUCUCGCUCUCUCCCUGUAAGUUUGUUUUGUGGUGUUUUGGGUUGACAGAGGGCUGAAGUUAGAACUGGCUGUUUCUCUGAAACGAUGUUUGACCUAAAGAAGAGAAACAGUCUGACUCUGAACUGCAGCCGGGAGACGGAGGAGUUCAGACGAGUGGCGGUCAGACGGAAGGUCAAAGGUGCUGUGGUGGACUGCAGUGCGCCACAUACAGUGAGCAGUGGAGUAUGUGGCUCGUACAGCUGUGGCCAUGCCUGUGACAGGGUCUGUGGAUCAGAACCAGCUUCCAAGAAAGACAACGAAACAGGUCCAGCUAAAAGAUCUCCUUUCAAACCACAAGUGCCUCCUAAACCAGCUCACCUCCAGAGUCCUGUGAGGACCAGACAAGAACAAGCCUACAGUCCCUCUACAGGAAAAUCACCACCCCAACGAGUCAACCACACAGAGGAAGAUCAGAGUCCUAACAGAAGUUAUGGACUUCCUGUCUCCUGUGUCAGCCCAGCACAGGUUUGCCUAAGCCCCUCUAGUUCUGUUAGAGGAGGAGGAGGGAGCUUUGUUUUGAAUGGAGUAUCUGGAGCACACAUCAGCCCUGCCAGGCAUGCUCAGGGGAGUCCAAAUCUUUCAAACAGUCCAGUUUUAGGAUCUCCAAGCCCAGGCAAAAGAGGUAUUCAGAGCUGUAGCCCAUUUAGGGAAGGAGUGCACAGUCCUGCUAAGUUGUCUCCAAGAAACCAUAGCCCUCUCGCAGGAAAGCUGCGGACCCCCAGUCCUGUUCAGGGGAGAACAGGGAGUUACAGCCCAGCCAAGAACUCAAAAUCCUGGCUAGGGCUGCACAGAAUCCCAAACCACAAGAUGGAAGGAGAAGAGAAGACAACAGGGAAAUCUUUGAGUGUACCUGACUUGAUAAUUUUCUUGGAUGAGAGCAGGAAUCCCACUGAAAAGGUUGAGCGCUCUCCCCUGAAACCACUGCAAUCACCCAACUGCUAUGGGCCUGCCAUCACCAUCAAAGCACCAGUUAACCAUAGACUCAAUCACACCACAAAUGAAGCUCAUCUGUCAAGCAAUGGCACAGAGCAUUCUCCAGGACAAAUUAAUGGCAUAGUGCAUGAGAAUGAACGGCCAGUCGUAAACGGGAAGGGAAUAAAUGAUAAAGUGGAACGAGGCAAAAUACUCACAGGGUAUGGCUCCAAGUUUUCCUGCCAGUGGAAUGAGGCUACUCCAGAAGAUGGGAGGAUUCACAAGGAGUUUAUAGGCAAACACAAUGAAGAGGACAUGAAGAAGGAGGGAGGAGGGAGUGAGCCAAAAGAUGAAGAGAACACAGAGCAGAAAUUGUAUAAGAUAGCCAAUGAACUCCUGCAGACAGAGAGGGCGUACGUGGCUCGCCUCCACCUGCUGGACCAGGUGUUCUGCUCGCGGCUAACAGAAGAGGCAGGUCGAGGCUCAUUUCCUCCUGAGGUGAUAAGAAACAUUUUCUCCAACAUUUCCUCUAUCUACUCCUUCCACAGCCAGUUCCUGCUGCCUGACCUGGAAACCUGCAUCAGCCACUGGUGUGAGAGGCCAGGCCUGGGUAAUGUCCUGCUGCAGCACGCACCCUUCAUGAGGAUGUACGCCGACUACGUCAGGAACUUUGACCAGGCUGUGGAGCUGGUGAGGACCUGGACUGAGCGCUCCUCUGCUUUCAGAAACAUCAUCCAGGACAUACAGAGUCAGGAGGUGUGCGGCAGCCUGACCCUGCAGCACCACAUGCUGGAGCCGGUUCAGAGGGUCCCACGUUAUGAAAUGCUGCUGAGGGAUUAUCUAAAGAAACUGCCUGUGGAUAGCCCAGAUUAUGAGCUUGCUCACAAAUCCUUGCAGACUAUUUCCAUGGCAGCCACUCACUCAAACAGCGCCAUCCACAAAGCUGAGAGCCUGAAGCGUCUGCUGGAAAUCUACGAGAUGGUCGGAGAGGAGGAAGUAGUCAAUCCUACAAACGAGUUUCUCAGGGAAGGUCGUUUGCUCAAGCUCGCCGCCAGGAACACAUCCGCCAUGGAGAGACACCUGUUCCUGUUCAACAACUUCCUGCUGUGCUGCACUCCCAAGUUUAGCCUAGUCGGGCAGCGUUUUACUGUUCGGUGCAGGAUCGGAGUGGAUGGCAUGCAGGUGCAGCAGACCACCAACGAAGACCACCCAUACACCUUUCAGGUCUCAGGGAAGGAGAGGACUCUGGAGCUUCAGGCCAGCUCUGAACAAGACCGAGAUGAGUGGAUAAAGGUGAUUGAGGAAGCCAUUGAUGUGUUUCAGAAGAAAAAUGAAUCCUUCAAAUUGGCUUCUAAGGAGCUGAAUGUAGAAGACCCAACAGAGGAACUUGGCCGACGAGCCCCCCGCUGGAUCAGGGACAACGAGGUGACUGUGUGUAUGAAAUGCCAGGAGCCUUUCAACGCACUGACGAGAAGACGACAUCACUGCCGAGCCUGCGGCUGCGUGGUGUGUUGGAAGUGUUCAGACAACAAAGUGGCUCUAGAGUACGAUGGAAACAAGCUGAAUAAAGUGUGUAAAGCCUGCUACUCCAUCCUGACCAGUCGGAGAGAGGACAGGGUGGAAGGCAAGAAGAGAAGAAUGCUGGAGUCUGAGGCAUCUCCAGCAACUAGUGAUGUUGUAAUGAGUAGUUUCCUGCAGUACGGCGACAACCCCAAGACCUAUCAACGAGUGUGGUCCGUUAUCACAAGGACUGAGCCACCGGUUCUCUCCCUGUAUGCUGAUCCACAGGAUAUGAAGCAGCUGUCUAGUGUACCUCUGACGGGCUGCAGCGUGGAGGAGCUGCAGGGUCAGCCAUGUUUCUGUUUAGGUCAGUCCAAAACCACCCACACUUUCUCCUGCGACAGUCCGCAGCUGAAACAGCGCUGGUUGACUGUUCUGAAAGUUGCUGUGACAGGCAGGAUGCCAGCGUCUCACACACUGACCGACUCUGACGUUAUCAUCAUUGGCUCCAGAUGCGGCAUUAAUGGUAACGUCAGUGACUGAAGUGUCUCUAGUGGCGAGGAAUUUAUCAUCUAUGGCAACAAGGAGAACCACUCCUGAAUGUUUAGGGCACUGAGGACGAACAUACAACAACGGACAAAACAAGUUCACUGAUGUUAAAGACAACAUCUCUGAACUAUAUAUUUUAAAUGAAUGAAAUCUAGAUGUGGAAUUCAAAAAGUGAGUAUUGUUUUUUCUUUACAAAUGGCUGUGCACUUUAUUUCUGAAAUGGUUUACAGUAAAAUAAAUAAAGUGAAAGUGUUUUAACAUGA